UUACCCACCUUUUAUUUUUGUCGACUUAGCUUUGAGCAGCAGCCUGAAACUUCUACUGGCUACAGCAGCCAUGGGAGAGGUCGAUCCUGCCUUCAUCCAAGACCUGGAACACAGGCCUAGUCCCAAAUUCAUCGAAGCCGGAGGAAUUCCGUUGAUCGAUCUCUCGGCGGCGAAUUCUCCCGACACUCUGUCGAACCCCCGCACGAUCGCCGGCCUCGUUGCCGAGAUAGGCGAGGCGUGCGAGAAUUGGGGAUUCUUCCAAGUAAUCAACCACGGGGUGCCGGCGGAGAUUCGCGAGAGGAUUGAGAACGCGGCGAGGGAGUUCUUCGCGCAGCCGGCGGAGGAGAAGCGGAAGGUGAGGAGGGACGAGAGGCAGGCGUUGGGGUAUUACGACACGGAGCACACCAAGAACGUAAGGGACUGGAAAGAGGUGAUUGAUUUUAUUGCGAAAGUUCCGACGGUGAUUCCGGCGUCGCACGAGGCCGAUGAUCGGGAAUUGAAGGAGCUGGUCAAUCAGUGGCCGGAGUAUCCUCCUGACCUAAGGGAGGUAUGCGAAGAAUAUGGAGGAGAAAUGGAGAAACUGGCUUUCAAAUUGCUAGGACUCAUCUCCCUGAGCUUGGGGUUGCCGGCAGACAGAUUGAAUGGCUUCUUCGAAGACCAUACCGCCUUCAUGCGGCUGAAUCACUACCCUCCCUGCCCAGCUCCUCACCUGGCUCUGGGCAUCGGCCGCCACAAGGAUUCGGGUGCGCUCACCGUCCUUGCUCAGGACGACGUCGGUGGCCUUGAAGUCAAGCGCAAGGCAGAUGGAGUGUGGGUUCUCGCCAAGACCACGCCCGAUGCCUAUAUCAUCAAUGUCGGUGAUAUUGUUCAGGGGAAUUAUUGGAAGCUAAAACCGGCAUCGUUUUGUAAUUUGCGCGUAAAGCUUUCGUUCGAGCUCCAAUUGAGACAAUUCGAAAUUCAAGAGAACGCAAAGGGGGUGCUCUAUGACUUUCGUGUUUCGAACUUCAAGAGAUACGUACGGGCUUUAGGAUUAUCAAAAGUGGGCAUACUCUCUAGGAAAGAAAAAGAAGAAACACGAAGAAAAAAAAAAGAAAAAAAUUAAAAUAAAAAAAAGUUUUGAUUUGACCCGGCCAUGCAGCCGGGUCUUUGUGGGUGUACGCGGGUAGGUCUCUUCCCCCCCUCGCCUAUAUAUAUAUAUAGGAGAGUUGAAAGAGGGUUCAGAGAGAGAAGAAAGGAGAGGAGAUGUGCGUGAGGGAGAGAAGGAAGAAGAGAGAGCUGGGGUUGUCUAUUGUGUAAGAGAAAGAAUAUAUAUAUCUCCUUUCUUCUCUUUUUGAACUCUCUUUCAACUCUCCUCUCCUUCUUUCUAUCUCCUCUCCCUUUCCUUCCUUUUUCUUCCCCUUUCCUCUUCUCUCCCUUCUCUCCCUUAUCUUCUCACGAACCCCUUGCUCCAAGAGGUCUGCUACUCUACUUCGGCCAGUUGCUGCCACUGCUGCUUUGCUCUGGCCAGUCACUGCUACUGCCUCCCUCUUCUUCUUCGUCUUCUUCUUCUUCUUCUUCCUCUACUACUCCACGGCCUGCUGCCACUCCUGCCCUUGCUGCUAUAGGAGGAAGACCCGAGAGGAUCCUCUUGCUGUCAACUAUGCUUGGCUGCUGUGUUGUUGAGGAGGACUCCACCAUUGCUACUGUGAACAAGCUCUGCUCCUUCUGUGGUUGUUGAAGACCCGAAGGCUACACCAGCAACUGCCACAGCCAAGUUGUUCCUCCUUCCAAUCGUCAGCAAAAAUCGAAGCUUCCUUAAGCUACCAUGGCUGAUGUUGCAUCCUUCCACACGGGCAAAGAAUAAAAAACUUUCCUUUCUUUUUUAUUUAUUUUUUAUUUCCUUUAAGUAGUUUAAAUCUUGGUUGACUAUUAAUUAAUUUAUUAGAGUUUCCUUUAAAGUUUUAUUUUUUUU